AUGUCACAACAAAACCAAAAUGUAUCUACACCCUCAGAGGUCGUGUCAUCUACAGAGCAAGACCCUAACGAAAAGAAAUGGAACAGACGUGGACGUAGUGCGAAACAGCGCGCAACAUCUAAGUUUGAUCGGUCAGUCAGUGAUCGUCAAAUUCAAGAUCAUCGUGAAGCUGCACAGCGUAGGUUAGGAGUGUUCAAUCAGGAUGCAGCUCAACUUGAAGCAUCCUUGAAGUCGUUGAUGGUUACGACACAACGCAGAGCUAUCCCCGUACCCGUUUCGACACGGGGCAUCGGUUUUACAAUACUGUUAGCUGAGUCUGACAGUGACACCUCAUAA